GGGACGCGCCCAGGUUGUGCCGCUGCCGGGACGCGGCUGGGCGCGGCGGCGGCCGGCGGCGGUGGGGGCGGCGCGGCGCGGCGCGGCGCGACAGACGCGGCCCGGCCAUGGACGAGCAAGCGGGGCCCGGCGUUUUCUUCAGCAACAACAACAACAACAACGCGCUGCUGCUGCCGCCGCCGACGGGCGGGCCGGGGCUGGAGCCCGGCGAGGCGGCGGCGGCCGCGGCUGCGGCGGCGGCGGGAGGCGGCGGCGGAGGGGUCUCCGCCGGCGGCGCCGCCGCGCCGGUGUCGGCGUCGCGGGCUCAGUACAGCGUGCCGGGCAUCCUGCAUUUCCUGCAGCACGAGUGGGGCCGCUUCGAGGCGGAGCGCGCCGAGUGGGAGGCGGAGCGGGCGGAGCUGCAGGCCCAGAUCGCUUUCCUUCAAGGUGAAAGGAAGGGGCAAGAAAAUCUGAAGAAGGAUCUAGUGCGGAGAAUCAAAAUGCUGGAAUAUGCACUUAAACAAGAAAGGGCUAAAUAUCACAAAUUGAAAUACGGCACAGAAUUGAAUCAGGGAGAUAUGAAGCCACCAAACUAUGAUUCUGAUGAAGGAAAUGAAACAGAGAUUCAGCCACAACAGAAUAGUCAGCUAAUAUGGAAACAAGGACGACAGCUGCUAAGACAGUAUCUACAAGAAGUGGGCUACACUGACACAAUACUGGAUGUGAAGUCAAAGCAAGUACGAGCUUUACUGGGCCUCUCAAGUGAUGCUUCAGAGAAGGAAAACAGAAAUCAAGAACCUAUGGUAAAUGGCACAGAGGGACAAAUUAAAGAAAACGCAAUGAUUGGGAAGCCAGAAUUGACUGACUCUGCCUCUCUGCUAGAGACCUUCAAGUUCCUUGAAAAUGCAGCUGCAGACUUUAGUGAUGAAGAAGAUGAGGAAGAUAUUGAAGGAAGAGAGAAAACAAUCAUUGAUACCGCAACAAUUGUAAGGAAAAGAGUGCUGUCUGACAGUAGUGAAGACAGAGAUACAGAAGAAGCUUUGAAAGAAUUUGACUUUUUGGUUACCUCAGAUGAAGGUGAUGGGGAAUCGAGAAGUUCGGGAGAUGGAACAGACUGGGAAAAGGAAGACCAGUGUCUCAUGCCUGAAGCCUGGAAUGUCGACCAGGGAGUAAUAACCAAACUCAAGGAACAAUACAAAAAGGAGCGCAAGGGAAAAAAGGGGGUGAAGAGAAAAACUACCGAAGAUAUGUUUCAGCCUCAAUCCUAUAUAAAACAGUCAAAACAGGGAUGUGGGAAAAUGAUGGAGCAAAGCACAGGGCCCAACAGGUCAAAGCUGCAAGAUAUGCUUGCAAACUUGAGAGAUGUUGACGAUCUCCCUUCAUUACAGCCAUCUGUUGCACCUUCUUCUAGGCCCAGUAGCUCAAGGCUCAUUGAACAUGAGAUAAACAGGACAGAUGAAGUGGAAGCUUUAACAUUCCCUCCUUCUUCAGGGAAAUCUUUCAUUAUGGGAACAGAUGAAACCCUUGAAAAUGAGCUGGGUCUUGGAGAGCUGGCUGGCCUCACAGUGGCCAAUGAGGCAGAUUCGCUGACUUAUGAUAUAGGAAACAAUACAGAUGCACUGAGAAAGACUUGGAACCCCAAAUUCACAUUAAGAAGCCACUUUGAUGGAAUAAGAGGUUUAGCUUUUCAUCCGGUUGAACCAGUGCUAAUAACAGCUUCAGAGGACCAUACAUUAAAAAUGUGGAAUUUACAAAAAACAGCCCCAGCAAAAAAGAGUGCUUCUCUUGAUGUAGAGCCAAUAUAUACCUUCAGAGCACACAGUGGACCAGUGCUUUGUGUGGUAAUGAGCAGUAAUGGUGAGCAGUGCUACAGUGGGGGAACUGAUGGCCUCAUCCAUGGCUGGAAUACAACAAAUCCAAACAUCGACCCCUACGACUCUUACGAUCCUUCUGUUCUAAGAGGUGCUUUUGUAGGCCAUACCGAUGCAGUGUGGGGUCUGGUUUACAGUGGCACACACCAGCGUUUGCUGUCCUGUUCUGCAGACGGCACUGUACGUUUAUGGAAAGCUACAGAAGUUGCUCCAGCUCUCAACGUAUUUAAUGAUAAUCAAGAAAUGGGAAUCCCUUCCUCAGUAGAUCUUGUGAGCAGUGACCCAAGCCUCAUGGUAGCAUCAUUUAACACUGGACACACUAGCAUUUUUAACAUGGAGACACGGCAACGGAUUCUUACCCUGGAGUCUGGAGUAGAUAAUACGGUCAGUACUUCCUGUCAGAUAAACAGAGUCAUCAGCCAUCCGACUCUUCCAAUUAGCAUCACUGCUCAUGAAGACAGACACAUCAAAUUUUAUGACAACAAUACAGGAAAACUGAUCCACUCCAUGGUAGCUCACUUAGAUGCAGUUACAAGUUUAGCUGUCGAUCCUAAUGGCUUGUACUUGAUGUCUGGCAGUCAUGACUGUUCAAUUCGCCUAUGGAAUCUUGAAAGCAAGACCUGCAUCCAAGAAUUCACUGCACAUCGCAAAAAAUUUGAUGAGUCUAUUCAUGAUGUGGCAUUCCACCCAUCCAAAUGUUAUAUUGCCAGUGCAGGAGCAGAUGCCCUGGCAAAAGUGUUUGUAUGACAGAGUGUGUCCCUUUCCAACUUUAGCUUUAUAUAUAUUUAACCAGCUGCACAAAAGAGAAGAGAAGGGCAUGAGUCUUCUGCCCAAUCAGAGAAUGUUUGUAAGUGUUUAGUUUUUGCAGGGUGCUGUUUUCUAAAUUGAAAUUUGUUCUGGUUUCUGUGAGCUCAGCUGGUGCUGAGAGCUUGGAAACUCUCAGUUUCAACUACUUUCAAAAAAAAAAAAAAAAAAAAGGCAAUUUUAUUUCAGAGGAUGUGAAUUUUCGUCCAGGCAGGCCUUGGGUGAAAUUAGGUCUAUGUGUUCUCUAUUAUUAAGAUGGAGUACUGGAAAGAAGGGGUCUAAUUGCUUCAGGGAGAGAGGGAAAAGAGGGAAACUUCCUGGGAUGCUUCUUAUUGAGGAAUCUUGAUGUAUUUAGGAUUAAAUCACCUGGAAAAAGUGUCAGUUCAGAUGCUUGUUAUUGUGUCAUGUGAGAGGCACUUUGUCAUCCCUUAAUCCCUUUGGUAUUAACGAGUAGAUCACAUUCAGAGAGCAGUAGCUGAUACUUAAUCUCAGCCACCUGGCUGCUAGCCUAAGAUAAAUGUGGAUAAAGGAAAGAAAAUUACUAACAUAAAUUGAAAUACAGUAAAGUUUUAUUAAAUAUUUGGUGUUAUAUGGCAAAUAUUUAGUUUGCAAAAACAAAAUUGUAUAAUUUUUUUAAUUGCAUUAGCAUGUGGCUAGAAGCUGAGCCUUUAGUCUAGUCCCAAUUAACAGCAGACUGAAGCAGUCUGUAUAUUCUCUAGUAGCAGAUUAACUUAUUGAGAUUUAUAAUGCUGUUUAUUCUUGGAGAUCUGGCACAAGAAAUUAUAAGAUUUCCCAAAGAAACUCUUACAGUGUAAUUAAUUAUCAUAUGUUCAUCUCCUCCUCUUUCUGUUCCUGCUAAAAAAGGGUAUCAUUCUGGGCAUUGUGUAACCAUGAAAUACUCAAUUUCUUUUGAAGAUUAAACCUAUACCUGAUGCUUUGUAUGAAUCCUACUAGCCUCAUAGGUGCCUGCAAAAAAGGUUGAUCUGUGUGAAAGUUUCUGCUACUUGUAGAGGCAUUUCCAGAUUACAGCAUUUGUGGAACGUUUCCACGUAUGCUUCACUGGGUGUAUUGUGCCAUUAAUUAGGUUACCUGAAGAACGAAUGCUUUUUUAAAUUGCUCAACAGAUGUUCUUUGUCUCAGUGUUCAGAACUUCUCUGUUGAUUCAAGUGACAAAUAACUUUUAAACCAAAUUUUUUGUCAAUUUAUCCCUUCCCUUUUAUCCCUCCCUAUAAUGAAAGUGAGUGGAUUCUUUUCUAUUAUGUGUCACCAUGAGAGCCCUUACUGCUCUUCAGUCUGGAGCUGGUGUUUUCCUCAAAUUGGAAUGGAAGACAGAAUUCAUUCUGCCUAUUAUUAGAUUAUUUCUGGUGCUGAUGUGAGUAGGAAAGAACCCAACACAUUCAAUCCUUUCAAAGACCAGCCCGAGGCUAAGACUGGAAACUGAUCAUCUUUACCUUUACACUGACACUUUUUAAGAAGGAAUCAUCGAAGAUAUCAACAUAGGAUUUGACCAUAUUGUUCUUAGAGUGAUAUUUAGAGAUGGGACCACUUCUGAUGCUGAACUCAGAGUUUAGAUUAACUGUAUUAUUUAGAAUAAAAGGUUGACCUGUGCUGUUUGAGCCUGCAACACGUUAUAUUUACUGCUAAAGUAUCCUGGAAUAACUUUUUUUUUUCUCAGAAUAUUCAGCUAUGUCACUUCAUGAUACUGAUAUGCAAUAUAUUUCCAUAGGUAAGGUUAGAACUUUUACCAUGAAACAGAUGAUUACAGUAGUGAUUCAGAUUUAGUUUUUGAUAAAAAGGGGAAGAUCUUGUCUGCAAAACUGAGCAUUCAACUUAGUGAGAGUUCUGUGUACUUGACUCAUAUUCUUUCAGUGUCAUUAUUUUAUUUCUUUUUGGAGAGGAAAUUACAAAGAUUUAUUUGAAAAAUUCUAAAAGCUAUGUAUAUUAUAUAUGUGUAUAUAUAUUGUAAACAUGUAUUAAAUAUGUCUAGUAAGGGAAGACUCUAUGGGUGCAUUUUAAUGUUUUAGUAUUAAGAGUUCUCUUAAGUUUGUGUAUACAAAGGAUAAUGGUGUGAGUAUGAAAUGAAUGUUGUGCUUUUGCUUACACAAUACAAUAUGUAGUUAAAGUUGUUUGAAUUGCUGUACAUAAAACGAAUAGGCCAGCAUGCUCGUUUUUAAAGACUGUCAUUCUGAUUACAAUUGGAAUGUAAGAAGUGGCUGUUCAAAUGUGAAUUGAAAGAUGUUUCCUUCUCACUAUCGAGCUUUUGCUCCAGCUGAGAAGUGACUUUUUUAAAAGCUGGCAAUAGCUAGAGGAUGAGGUGCCUUUAAAAAACAAAACAAAACAAAUGUAGCCUUACAAAGAGGUUGUGGAGUAUAUAUUUUUGUGCUGGUCUUCAUAAUUGAUGUCAAUGUCUUUUUACUGUACUUGUUCACAUACUUGUAGGACUGCAGGGUAUUGUGCAUGAGCCUGUCAGAUCUUCUGAACGUCAUCAUAGGAGUUAGGGAUGAAAAAUUUAUUUAGGUUACCCAGUCCAUCUGUUCGCUGAAGCAGGAUUGUAGACUUGCGCAUUUUAAUAUUGCCUUGGCCAGUGAGGUUCUGUAUGUGUUCUAAAUGAUUAAUUUUCCUUCGGAAGAUUAUUUCAAUGAUUGCUUCUCACUGACAGGAGGAUUUACGUGACGUUUAGUGGUUCUUUUUUGUAACUUCAUGCCGGUAUUUCAAGCCAUAUUUCGUGCCAUUUUAAAUAUUCCUCAUCACCUUCGUAAUUUGGAACCUUUGUGUAUGCACUAGCUCUAGCUGCGUAUUUCCUUUCCCCUUUCUCCAGGCUGUUUUUCAGUUUGCUCUUUUUACACAACUUUUUCUUGUUUUUCAGCUUUUUAGCUCAUGUUUCUGUAUGCUGGGUCCCACAAUGCAUUUCCACUCACAGUGCUUUGUUGGACUUAGUCUGAAGGCGAUCUGUUAAAUGUGGAGGUUUUGGGGUUUUUUCCCCUCUAUGUGAUACUUCUGUGUAGGAAGUCCAAACAUUUUAGCCUAGCUAGUAUCUCUCAUACCCAAAUCUCAUUUCUGACAACUGUUUUCUGUAACUCAGCAUUGCUGCUUCUGAAGUUUCUCCUUCACUUUCGGUAUGUACUUAGGAUUCUUUUGCAGCUAGAUGCUUAAUUCAUAACCUAUUUUUAUAGGCUUUGAACUUCUGAUCUCUGAGGGGAACUCCUUUUUUCCAUUUUAUAAUGCAGUUCUUUCUGGUUCAGUAUAAUUGGUAACUUUUAUGAAUGUGAUAAAUCCAUCUGAAGAUGCAAACAAAAUGGAACUUAAUGGUUGUUCUUGGGAAAAAAAACAACAAAAAAGCAACAUUUUUGUGCGACACUGUAUAUUGCAUUUUAACAUUGCCCUUUUUCAUGUAUCUAAUUGACAUUAUAUGUUUUUUUAAUGGUUAACUUGUAGAAUUUUUUGUGUAUGUAAGCCUGAGCUACUGAUUUUGAUUUUACUAACUAAUUUAAUGGGAGAAUUUGCAAUCCUUUCAUGCAUUUAAAAUGAGUUCACUAGGUUUAAAAUACUCUCACUUUUAUUUCUAAUUUAUUUCACUGCUGUAUACUUUCGCUUUGAUCAUAUUUGAUUCAAUUGCCAAAACACUUGCACAAAAUGAUUUGGAAUAGCCUGGAGGAAGCUCUAGAUAUAAUUUUGUUGUGGAAAAUAUUUCCUUCUCUCCAGAAAAAUCCCCGUGUUUGCCUUUUUUUUUUUUUUUUUGGUGCCUCAGAGGAAAGUGUUUUGACAUACCAAAUAAAAGAUUUUGUUUAUAAUUUAAACAGCUUCAACAAGAAGUCAUAAGACAGUGACGUGUCACCUACUGUCGGUUGUUUUCUAUCUGUAUGUUCUCAAAUGGUGUUAUGUGAAGCAGUCUCAUACAUAAUAUAUUUGAGGAAAUGUGUGACGUUCAACAUACAGCUUUGUGAUCAGUAAUCAGAAAUGUGUCCGUUUGAGUAAUUAUGUGACAGACAGAGGACUUGGUUACACCGCCUUUUGCAGUACACCUAUUUGAUCUCAGAUGUGUCCCCUUCCCUCUCCCUCUUCCUCAUGUUUUAUCAAUGUCAUUUUUGGGAGCAGUGAUUUCCAUAAGCUCAUGCAUCACUUGUCAGCGUUAGUCCAUCACUCAAGAAAUAAGAAGUUAAGAAGCAGGUAAAACCAUCUGAGUGCUUGGAAUGCCUCUCAAGAUGCGUGUUUGGAACCAUUUGCAGGCUUUGGUUUCGCGGUGUCUUUGCAGACUGUUCUGGGGAGCUCUUGGUGUGAAAUGUUAAAUGAGAAUAUUCUCUAGUAAAUCAAGUAAAACCUUGUAAAAUAGGCUGAGUUGUGGAGGAAAAUGCGGCUAUUGUGUUUGUUCCUGUGCCUGUACGAGACUGCUUGAGAGCAUUCUUCUUGGAGUCCUCUUUGCUGAAGCAUCAAGCUUGCAAUUCAACAUGAAUAGCUUUUGCAAAUGAGAUUGUUCAUAUUUUUGCUUUGAAGAUCUAUAGUGGUCACUCUGCUGAACAGCGAGGGAGGAUGAUUGCUGAAUUCUGAAAGUUAAAUAGUUUAAGUGCCAAAACCAGUGUGCCCUCCCUGGGACUGGUGUCAGCUCAGGAUAACUAGGCUGGGAAGCAAUGUAGAAUUCAACCUGAUGGUAGCAGAGGGAGCAAGGGGAAACCUUUAAAGGGUGGAGUUAGCAAUCUUAGUGAAGCUUUCCUCUGAUGAUUCCUCAGAUUUAUUCAUACACCCAUUAGUUGCUGGUUGUGUGAAGGACAAAAUGUAGUGUAUGUUCAGAUUCCAAAUUAGGGAAUAAUUGUGUCAAAGAUGGAGAUAAUGCAAAUUUCUAAACUGUUGCUUUAGACAAGCUGCCCCAUAAAAUUGCUUGUGUUGCUAAAUAUUGCUGUGUCUUUUUAAACUUUACUUUCUCCUACAAGUGAAUGGGACCAGUGGUUUCAGAUACUUUGAGACUCAGUUGGCACGUGCAUCUUUCAGCUUUCUUGUGGAUGAGCUGGAAUUCAUUGAAAUAACUGUGAAAGUGCAAUGCUGCUUCUAAUACAGCAUUUAAAACACUCUGAAAAUUGUGGCUCUUUGGUGGAAACUGUUUUGGUCUACGUUGUUAAAAAUGAAGAUAUCAGAAUAUGAUAGUAAAAUGUUCACUUAUGGUAAAUUGUUUUGUAUAAAACUGUGCAGGGGGGCACCUGCUGCUGCUGAACAUCAUAGUGGUGUCCAGUUGGGCUGCGUUAGUACUGAGCACAGAGAGGAAGCAGCAGUUUUUCUGGAAACCUGAAGCUCUCUUUUUCCAUGAAGGACAUGUAGUCAUUGAAAAUGUUUUACUCAAAUCUUAUAACAUAUUUAGUUGCAAAGGUUACAAUAGGUGAACAGUCUUGACUAUUUCGUCACUUUAGAGGAGCGCGCUGUUACUGAAACUAAUGGCCUGUGAAUUGUUAGGGAAACCCUCUGCAAUGUUUCUGCUGAGUAGCAAUGAAUCUGACAGAAAACAAAGUGGUAGGCGAUGCAAUACUCCAUCAUGAAAAACUCACAUUUUAAAAGAUAUUCUUAAGUACAGUGGAGUGAAUGAAGAAAGAUCUGGGGAGUGAGGAGGGCACAAGAGUGAUCUUUAUGUAAAUAGCCUCUGUACAGAGAAGUGCAACUGAUGAGACUAAUCCAGGGAGGGAAGGUCUUGGCAGUGAGACCUUCAAAGUUACAACUAUGCCUGUACUAACGUAUGUACCUGUUGUGAAGUUUAUCAGUCUUUUUGAAAUCUCACUCUUAUCUUCCCACUUAAAUCUAUCUUUUCUUGGAGUUGUAAUAUUGUAGCUGCAGUGGAUUUUUAUUGCAGGAUAAAUUUCAUGAAAGCUUAUUGAUCUAGUGCCCUUUGAAGAGUAUUGGGGUUUCAGCUUCAGCCCUGCCCCUCCCACCACCAAGAGGCUGUUCUAUACUUCCUUGUUCCCAGUUCAUGUAAGUCUACUGAGUUCUCUUAUCCUGCCUGCUGACCUGAUUUCUCUGUCCUUUGGUCUGUUGAGAAAACUUAAGAAGUGCUACAUCUUUCAAGGUUUUUGAGAAUCUGAAUUCAACUACAGAAUGUGUCAUUCCAGUUCUACAGCACAGUUUAUGGGUCUGAACUGGGUCAUUCUAAAGGGAGGUUUGAUGCUGAAUGGCAAAAUGUGAAGUAUAGCUGAACUAAAGAGGUAUUUAAUAAUACACAUGCUUUAGCCUAUCUUUGUUCCUGAUUGUCUCUGAGUCAUCGUAUUGUGUGUCAAACUAAUUUUGCACAGUUUGUGCUGCCAAGCCAGACUGAUCCUGGGAGAGAUCGCACCUCGGUUUAAACUGUGCCCGUGUGUGCGUUUUUGAAGCUGCUCAAAGCCUUGUGCUGGCAAGGUCUUCGAGCCCUUGCAGGCCUCCAAAUUAGUCCCUGCUACUUCAGAGAAACCCUUGGUCCUCGCACCGGAGUAUUAGACUGGAAAGCCAAGAAAAGAUUUAUGAAGCUGCAUUUGUACUCUCCUGUAAGAAAAGGGAUGACUUGUCUCCAAGCCAAAUAUUUUCAUUAUUUUGGAUUACUUAAAAAAGCAGACAAAAACAUUGUGUAAGGGAAAAGCAAUGGACUUCAAGCUAAUAUUUUUCCAUUGAGAAUUUAUUUUUUUAUUCUUCCUCUCAUUUAGUGCUUGUUGAAUGUUGCUUGUUUUCAGAUGUGUGGCUCCUAGAACUGUUUCCUUGCUGUCAAGCAUUUACAAACAUGCAUAGGUUUUGAAAACUGUUUCACCUGUUAGCACUUUUUCUGGAAAUGCAAAAUGAGGAUGUUUGCUAAUAAUUUCUUGUAUAGCUUGUUAUAACACAAGCAGACUGAAAAUCAGACUUGUGCUAUAACUUCCUUGAAUCAUGCAUCUGAAAAUCUUAUAGAAAUCUGUGAUAAGAAGACUGUUGUUGCUGUAAGAUUUUUCUGUUGACAUUUGUCAGCAGAUCAACAACCUGCAUUGUAUUUCAUCUAAAUACCUUCAAUUGGUUUCUUUUAAAAGAAACUGUCAGGUUAAAAAAAAAUCUAGACGAAUUUCCUUGUCUUAUGGGACUUACAUUCAUAAGAUUGAAGUAAUUAAAACUGAUUGGUUUUUCAGCAUGGUCAUGAUUUGGAUUGUUGUUGUCGUUUAUAUUCAUCUAUAUUCACCUGUACCCUUCCCCCUCCCCAGGGAAAACUGUUGAAUUUAGAGGUACCUGACAGUUCUUUCAGAGAAGAUACCACAGGUGAUAACCACUUACAUGUCAAUAAUUACAUUUGGUCCUCUUCUGUUUUGGGUCACUUCCGUGACAGAUAGUUGGUAGGAAAAGGCUACUGUGACUAAUGUAUGAGCUCUUGCUUAAACAGGUACAGGAGAUUAAGAUUCCCCUUCAGAAUUACGCUGAGGUUAUUAUUUUGCACGCCAGUUUUGAAUGACUACUUUGAAACAGUGUUGGGCUUCGAGCGUCUUGCAAAGUGGUGGGUCCAAAUGAGAAAUGCCUACUUGUUGAGUAAUAGUCUGCUUGUCAGUUUGUGUAUGGCUCAGUACCGAGUUGUCAGAAUACCACCAGAUUACCUUCUUUAAAUGCUACUGUUGUACAGAAGCGAAUGUUAUUUUAAGUGAGAGAUACUGUUUUCUAAUUCGUGAAGGAAAUGGUUUACUUGGGAUUCAGGAUCCCAAAUUUUCAUAUAUUUCAAGAUUUCAGAAAGGCUUUUAUGGGAAAUUAGAAAAGUGAAAGUCAUCAUUCUCCAAAGAUUUGAUAAGCCUUUGUUAUGAAAAGUAUAAAUAUUUGCUAUAAAGAAAAAUGCUUCUUCAAACACUUCAUAUUAACUUUUACUGAAAAUCAAUAUUUUAAAAUCCUGGAUAAAUAUCUCAAAUGACGAAGACAGAAAAUUCAGAGAGAGAUUAUUUUGAAAUACGCCGGUAUAUUUUUGAGCUUCACAAUUGCGGCCCUGAAUUUUCUCUUUUUCACUGCAGUUCAUACUUUGUGAAAGUUCUUGGAUAGGUUAUAUUUAAAACUACAUUCACUUGCCUGAAUAGUCCAAGUAAAUAUUUUGUCAUUAAAAUUGUAUAGGUCUGCAUAUUUUAGUGUGCCAUUUAAAAUGAGACCACAUAGAGGUAACCAUGCAGGUAUUUAUAUUGAUAUGACUGUAGUGAAGUGGGAUAGCUGUAUACUGUACCCGCAUUCUGUGCUGAGCAAAAUCACAUGGACUUCCAGAAAUAAGCAAUGGUUUUUAAAAGCAGCUUUAUUUAAUGUUACAGCAGCAAGUAAGUGUCAUUUGUACCAUAUAAUUAUGUAAAUUGGGUGCUAAUAAAUACUAUUUUUCAACA